GGGAAGCGUGCCCGCUUUCUCCUCCCCUCAGUUAAUAUGGCUGUGGCCGUGGGGCGCGUGAUAGCGGGUGGUUGUGCUUGGCGCGUGGCAGGGACGAACAUUGCGAAACCGUUGGUGGGAUCCAAGACAUCAAGACUAAUCUGCAGCAGUACUACAGCAGUGCAGAGGAACAAUGUUGCCACUUCAGGACCUGGAAAGUACACAGAAGCUUUUAUUAAAAAACAGAUUGAAGAGUUCAACAUAGGAAAGAGACAUUUAGCCAACAUGAUGGGAGAAGAUCCAGAAACUUUUACCCAAGAGGAUAUUGAUAAAGCCAUUGCCUACCUCUUUCCAUCUGGUCUGUUUGACAAGCGGGCUAGACCUGUAAUGAAGCAUCCUACUGAAAUAUUUCCAAAGCAAAGCGCAAUCCAGUGGGAUGAGAAUGGUCGUCCAUUUCACUUCCUUUUUUACACUGGCAAGCAGGCAUAUUAUGCAUUAAUGCAUGAAAUGUAUGGUAAAUUACUGCGUAUUCAGGAACACCAAGAUCAAAUGCAUGCUCGAGGAUUAAUUCCAGAGAUCAAAAACUGCUUCAACCUGAUUGGCAGCAGAUGGCUGAUUAAAGAGGAAUUGGAAGAAAUGAUAGUAGAAAAACUGUCAGAUCAAGAUUAUUUGCAGUGUAUUAAACUGCUCGAAAGAUUAGUGACAUUGCCAUGCUCUGGCAUCGAAGAAGAUUAUGUGCUAAAAUUCCGCAAGCAAUUACCUGUACAAUCCAAAAACUAUAUAAUUGAACCCUUGAAAUAUGAUGAGCAAGGAGUGGCCUUCAGCACUGCAGAAGGACAAAGAAAGACAGCCCGAGCAACUGUUACAAUUUAUGAUGGUGGAAGUGGAAAAAUUACUGUAAACGGAGAUCAUUAUAUCCUUUUCUUCCCUGUGUUGCAGGACAGGGAGCAGCUGAUGUUCCCAUUUCAGUUCCUCGAUCGGUUGGGAAAACACGACAUGGUCUGCUCUGUCUCUGAGAGCGGGAGAUCAGCACAAGCUGGUGCAAUCCGCUUAGCUACUGCAAGAGCAUUAUGUAGUUUUGUUACAGAAGAUGAAGUGGAGUGCAUGAGGCAAGCUGGUCUCCUGACAGUUGAUCCUCGGGUGAGAGAACGAAAGAAGCCCGGACAAGAGGGAGCCCGCAGAAAAUUUACUUGGAAAAAGCGCUGAAUCUGAGGAUUAAAUUGUUUAUAUAUAUAUA